AUGUCAACUACACCCGAAGCCCAGUUCUUGGAACUUUCCAAAGCCGAAGGUCCCGUCCAAGAAGCCGACGUCGCCGACGUCUUCGACCAACUCAAGCCCGUCUCGCCAAACCAGCUGAUCGGCCAGUGGGAGGGAGGAAGUUUCGACACCGGCCAUCCGACGCAUCAACAGCUUCGCACCUUCAAGUGGGCUGGAAAGGACUUUCGCUCCGUGGACGACGUUGAUCCCAUCAUGGUAUAUGGUGAUGAGGGCAAGCGUACCUGGUUGUCAGACUACGGCCAUGCUCGGAUUCGGGAAGUCAAGUACCGCGGCGUCGUCACGGCUGCCAUGGUGUAUGAUAAGUUUCCGAUCAUCGACGCUUUCCGUUAUGUGGAUGAGAAUACUGUCAUCGGGGCGAUGGAUACCAAAGACUUGAAGGAUGCUGGGACUUACUACUUUUAUCUCAAGAGGAGACCCGAUAGCAGGGCCUAA